CUCCCACAACACUUGAAGAGAAGGGGGAUUUGUAUAAAAAGCGGCCAAGCAAGCCCAGAUUACCUUUUUUUUUUUAUCCACUCAUCGGAGCAUAUAUACUUGAUAACUGCCAAAAGUGGCAAAGGGGGAAGAAAAGAAAAGAAGAAAAAAAAAUCAGCAAAAGAACCAGUCUUCAUUGUCCUCAAUUUUGAAACACUGUUCAACGGUUCAGUGCCCCCUUUACGAGCAGCACAAUGGCCAUCCCAUCUACCAAAGCCUUGCUCUUCCUCGCCCUUGUCGGCGCAAGAUUCGCCACGGCAGAAGAAAACCAGGCUGCUUCCCAGGCGGCCAACUGCACAACUACCCUGACCCUGACGCAGUCUCGACUCCCUACUCCGCCAUUCUGGCCGCAGUGCUCAUGGGACGGCACGAUGAGCAUCUACUCGUCUACGGUUACGGUUGAGCGCUCGAUAGACUGCCAUGGCUGCUCGGAUGUUCGCGUCACUGAGGUGCCGGUGGUCCAUUGCCCGGCCAUGAUUAUCACGGCGAGUGAACAUGUGGCGACGCCGAGCACGUCGUAUCGAACGGUUUGUUCGGCAACUCCUACUCUUCGCAGUUGAAUAGAUAUAGGAGGUGAAUUAUAGCAUUUUGCUGGGGCUCGGGAUAUGAAAGAGGGAUAAAGGGUUGGUGGGUGCGUGGCGUUUUUCAUGAAUGGAAUGCGAACUUUUUAUGUGAUUCAAGCUUGUGAGUACUGAAAACUAUCAAGGCCUGUAAUUAAAACGCAUAUAUGUAUUGUAAAAAGAUUUCUUGGACGAGCAUUUAAAGUGGUGUAGUGGGUUCCAGUGCACUUAACUGAUACCGUCAGAGUUUAUAGCA